CCGAAAAUCCUACCAAAAAUGAUGCAAAUCAAGGUCCUGUUUUCCUUCUUGGCUGUCCUGAUGAUGAUUGCUCUGGGUCCUAAUAAAACCGAAGCUGUCGACUGUCUUUCUGGAAGAUUUAGGGGCUCCUGUCCCGUGUGGUCAAAUAAAAAAUGUAAAAAUACUUGCAUUCGUGAAGGACGAAGGGGUGGUCACUGUAGCCCUAGUCUUAAAUGUUGGUGCGAAGGAUGCUGA